GGGCACCCGGGGGACCCGGCGGCGGGUGACGAGCCACCACCACGGGCACCGUCGUAGAGCGGGGGAUCGAGCUCAGCUCGUCCCCUUCCAUGCUGCCCCAGCGCCGCUGCGCAGGGAGGCGGGUGGAGGAGGAGAGGGAAGGGUUACCCGGCACGGCUGCCUGUUAAAGAGAAAUAGCUCCGCUGGCUCCGGAGGAGGAUGAGCAGAAGGAGCUGGUGCAGAUGAGCGCCGGGUGGCCGAGGAUGUGAGAGCCGGACGCCGGAGCGGGGACCACCGAUGGUCACCGACCCCCCGAACCCCCCGGCCACCCCCCUGUACCCUCGGCCUCUCGCCUCUGCCGGGCUUCGAUGACCAUCGGCAGCAGCAGCAUGAGCAGCGGGUACUGUAGCUUGGAUGAAGACCUCGAGGAUUGCUUUUUCACGGCAAAAACCUCUUUCUUCCGGAGCGCGCCGAGCAAGGUCCCUGCCAAGAAUGUAACACAAACAGUAGAAGAAGAAAAACCCGAGCCUCCGACUGUCCAGGAGAUCAAGCAGAAAAUUGAAAAAUACAAUGCAAAAGUUACAAACUGCCUGUUGAUGAAGCUGAACGACGAUGGGACGUACACGGGUUUCAUUAAAGUGCAUUUGAAACUGCGCCGGCCCGUGACGGUGCCAGCGGGGAUCCGGCCGCAGUCCAUCUACGAUGCCCUCAAGGAGGUGAACCUGGCCGACAUGACGGACAAGAGAACCUCCUUCUACCUGCCGCUGGAUGCCAUCAAGCAGCUCCACAUCAGCAGCACAACCACAGUAAGCGAGGUGAUCCAGGGGCUCCUCAAGAAGUUCAUGGUGGUGGAUAACCCGCAGAAGUUUGCACUUUUCAAGGAGAUGCGGAAGGAUGGGCAAGUGCUCUUCCAGAAGCUCCCUCUCACCGAGUACCCCCUGUACCUCCGGCUGCUGGCGGGCCCCGACACCGACGUGCUCAGCUUCGUGCUGAAGGAAAACGAAACGGGGGAAGUUGAGUGGGACGCGUUCUCCAUCCCAGAGCUACAGAACUUCUUGAUGAUACUGGACAAAGAGGAGAAGGACAAAAUCCAGCAGGUGCAGAGGAAAUACGAGAAGUUUAAACAGAGACUGCAACAGACCCUGAAAGAAGCCAGAGGCAAGCCGGGAUAGCCCCUCGGGAGGCACCGGGCACCAGACUAAGCUAGAUACUGUUUUUAAAAUGAAAAGACACUUCUCAGGACACCUUAUAGUAGUCACUUUCCCUUUUCAUCCUUCCAUUAAGGACUGGCUCCCAGCACCCAUAAAACGAACAUAGAGCAUUUCCUUCUUCUAAAACCUCUUAUUCCAGGACCGGAGCCAGUCAAAGAACAGGGAAACCUGUUUGUUGACGGCCACAGAUUUAAAACCAAACGCAGCUGCUGCUUUGCUUUUCAGCUCCACCAUCCGAUGGAGGAGCCCUGUGGAAAAUGCCGAGUGUUAAACCCCAACAGGAGCAUCAUCAUCUGUUGUGAGCAGGGUAACACUUGCCGUUCACGCUCCCCCCACGUGGCCGAGUCCUCGUUUUGUUAAUUAGGGCGCAGGAAGCGGCAGGUUCAGUGGAGGAGGUGGUUGCACCAAACCGUGGGGGUGUUGCAGCCGUAGCCGAUGUCGGACGGACUCGUUCAGGGCUGAGAGAGCCAGGGAAGGGUCAAGUCGUGACACCCCGGCAGCUGCAACACCCAAACAGUCUGUCAGUAAGUGUUAUUGAAACUUGGUAAUAUUAAUUUCAGGAAAAGUCAUCCAUUUUGAUUCUAGGUAACCUGCAGUUUUGAGGACAGAUGUGAAUUAAAGCAACUACCCCUGGUGCUCAGCUAAGAUAGCCGGUGUUUUACCAGUUUUGUACUCAGUAGGAAUUGGGACCUAUGUUUAAAUGCGUAAAGAUGGUGGUUGGGGCAUGGGCCAAUGGUUCGAUACCGAACGUUUAGCAAUACAUAUCCAACAGACUGAGCCAGGAAAGCUCAAAACCCCCUUUCACAAAUCAAACCCACUCUGAGCUACAAACAAGUCUGGCCCCAAGGGAGGGGAGCUGAGACUGGGGCCAGGGUGUGGAUGUGGCACCAGGAGCACAGGGAGCCUUAGCGCUGGGAGAGAAGGGGACCCAAGGCUCAGGUGUCCCCCUCACGCUGUGCCUCCUCUCACUAACUCUCCUCGUGCUGCUCCCCCACCAUCCUGUCCCUGCCAUGCCACCUUCUCUGUCACUCUGUACAUGGCGUCUCCUCCUCCCCUCUCGCCCUCGGUGCUCUGCCUGCGUGGCCGGGGAGGUUUCGCUCCCUACGUGGGGCUGGGAAGUCUCUCUCCCCCUCUCUCAGGGCUCCCGCUGUUCCCGAUGCACACACUGCGCAUCCUUGAUAAAAAUCCUUGAGCUGGAGCGUCGGUUCCUGCCAUAACUCCAAGCAGCCGCCAUGAUCCCCCUGGGGCCAUGUUUACUCCGUGCUUGGUCCCGAGCACAGCCAGGUCCAGUCUUCCUGCUGUUUACACCGCAACAAAGAGUAAAGAUAGCAUGGAAUAUUCACAAUAUUCGGAUUCAGACGGAGCACGUGGAAGGGUUUCACAGUGACCCGAUGAAGGAGUGUCCCUCAGCUCGCUGUAGGCCGCUGGGCCCCCACCAGUGUGGGGCGAGAGGGGAGGCAACAGGUUAUGGGGUCACAGUUACCAUAGAGACGAUGUGGGAGAGUCCAAAAUUUACCUCAGUGCCUUUUUUUUUUCCCCCUUAAGUGUGAAAACUUUGCAUUUGGGGCUAAAGGUGGAAAUUGGGAAGGGGCUUUUGCCACAAGGCCUUCUCAGUCCUGUCCCCACAAGUACCCAAAGCUCUGUUGCAAUGAGGCGGCUUUCAUCUGUGGGGGGACAAGGAGCUGUUUUGUUUCCUCCUUGAAGGUGACUGCUUGGGAUUUUUAUUUUUUUCCAGAUUUAUACUUGAGUAUGUUUGUUUAUAAACCUUAAGAGAGCAACUGCAUCACUUAAAGCCCCUCGGUUUGUAGAAAUGCCCCUUUCUGCAGGCUGUCACAGCUCCUGUCUCAGUGGUGGAGAAGGCUUUGGUGGAAGGGCCUCCAGCCGCCUUGUACCCCACACCCAGAGGACCUUUAACGUGGCACCAGCCCAAAUAGAGCAGCAAUUUCCACGCUCUGGGGCUGUUUGUCCAUUUACAAGAAUACUUAUUACUUCACCAUGCACUUGUGAAGUAAUUUAAGUAACGUUUAUCUCGUGCUUGGAGUCUUGGAAGCACUGUAUAAAUACUUCUGUUCAGUCAAGGGGAAGAACACUGUAAAAACUGCUGUUGGUUCAGAGAAGAGCCAGACGCUUGGUUUUUAAAUCCCUUAUCCUGCCAGCUAAAAGUUGUAAAGAUUUCUUUUCUGCUGUUGUUGUUGUUUUCUACUAGAGUUCUGGUGACCAUCACCCUCUCCUCCCCUGGAACCCAGCAUGUCUUUGACAUUUGGUAGAAGGCAUGGCUUUUAUGCAAUUCCCGUGAAUGCUGCUGAAAAACCUCCUGCGAAAAGGGAGGGCUUUCUUUUUUGGUUUUUCAAGAGUGGGGGCGGUGGAAGACUUUGGUAGAUCUUGAAACUCAAAUUCUCAAUGGUUGGUUGAGCUGUGUCGAGGAUAGAAAGAUCAGCCCCUUCCUUAAGCGCAAAAUACUGUUGGCAGUGCCUUUGGUUCAAAUAUUGUCUUGCCUAGGUUGUGUGAAUUUUAUUUUUCAUGUCUAUUGUAAAACAUGUAAAAUAAUGUGUAUAGAAUGGAAUAGUAAAGCUUCUAUGGCAAAGUGAAAUGCAUUUUUGCAAUGCUGUAAUUUAUUUUUAUUACUCCCUAGUAAUUCUAUGGCAUUUUUAAAAAAUGUCUCACUUCCGGCUUUUUUGAAGGUUCUGAAACUACUUGUUCAUACGCAGACAGUGUAAAAGACAACGAUAAUAAAACUGUCGGUAAUUAAAGAAA